AUGUGCAAUGGCCUUUACUGCCAAUAUUAAAAAUCUCUAAUCUAGAUGCGAUGAGCUUUUUCGGAAAAGCAGAGCUCUCAUUGGAUAUCGCCCAUUGCUUCCUAAUCGCGUCCAGUCGUCCAGUGUGCGAGGGUCAUUACUGCUUAAGUUUUUUUUUUGUGUUUGCCAGGGUCCCACCUGUGAUCACCUGAGCUGAAGCUGAAGUUACUGCUUGAAUCAAACUGAGAAAAUGGCUCUUCGGUUAGGACGAAAGCACGUCGAAUUAGCUGGAAAAUGGUUUCCAUCUGUGAUGGCUUAUGGAACUGCCGGAUCAUUAACAUUGUUGUACUUCACUGAUUGGAAAGCUGUAUUGCAAUAUGUUCCUUUUUACGGUGGCAAAUAUGAGGAAUAAAUCACACAAUAGUUAUAUCAGUUCUCCGAUAUGAUUAUGUAAUAAUCCUAUUGGACCAAUAGAAAUUUUAUUGUACCAUA